ACUACUACUCCACCAAGCAUGUCUUUCACUACUACUGCUCCUCCUCCUUCAACUAGUACUAAUUAUUAUAAUUACAAUACCACCAUUGCAACAUCAGCAAUAAUGUCCAGUCUCCCUUUCUACCAAAACCAACAACAAGAGCAGCAGCAAGCAUUGAUGAGCCCCAUGCAACAGUAUUACCCUAUGUUUGGGAGUGAAGGGAGUUGCAGUUCAUCUGAUGGGAGCUGUAGCCAUGGUGGGAGGGAGAUGAAGAAAGAAGAAAUGGGGUUUCAUCAUCAUCACAUGUUUCAUCAUCAUGAAGAGCAGCAGCAGCAGCCUAUGGUGGUUGAUGAUGAUGGUAUUAAUAAUAAUAACCAGUGGACAGAGAAGCUAGACAAGUGGCUGUUCCAAACGGCAAACCCAUUGGACUAUGAUUUAGAGGUGAUUAAACAACUUGUUAUUAGCAGCAGCGGCAAUGAUGGGUUGUUCAGUGUUGAUGAAAACAAGACCGUACAAGAGAGCAAGCCCAUCAUCUACAAUUACAAGUACUCUGACUGAUGAUGAGUAGUGUAGUAGGCUAGGGAAGAUGAACAACAAAAACAAAGGACUCAUGAGGUUGCUUUUGGGGUUUUGUGUUGUGUUUCAAUGAACUCACAUUCAUUAUUGCAUUGUGAAUUCUGAGUUGUGACCGUACAUGGUAAUGUCUUCUUUAUAUUUUCUGCACUACUCAUUAUUAUUAGCUUACAUUUUCAUUUUUAUUUUUUUUGUAACUAUUUCAUCCCCAUCCAUUAGCUAGAGACAUUUAUAUGUUCUUAUUGUUGUUAUCUAAGAAAAAUGUUAA